CACGACAUGAACACUGCUGGGUUCUUCUGUUUUCUGAUGGUUCACGGUUUGGGUUGGACCUUGAACUGUUCCAGUCCGACCCCAGAUUCUUUGUUUCAGGAACUUCAGAAGGAUUUAUUUUCUAAAAAGUUAAUCCGUCCUGUAAAAAACCUCCGACAUUCAACUAAUAUAAGUUUGUCCAUCACCGUGGUGGGGAUUUUAGGAGUGAAUGAGAAGCAGCAGUCACUGACUACAUUCAUAUGGCAGAUCCUGGAGUGGGACAUUGAAGGCUUGAGCUGGGACGAGCAGGAAUGUGGCAUCAGAAGAAUCUCCGUCCCACGGGACAUGCUGUGGAGCCCAGACGUCCACGUGGUCCAGUUCAUGGAGGACAGCGCAUCUCCUCAAACCCCCUUCGUUUACUUGGACAACAGUGGGCGGGUCUUCGAUGACAGACCCCUCAGACUGGUCACUUCCUGCCGAUUAGAAAUCUACUAUUUCCCCUUCGAUGUCCAGAACUGUUCUCUGACCUUUGGAUCAUAUCUGCACUUUGCUACAGAUAUAACUGUGAGUGCUGGCAGUUCAGCUGCAGAUGUUCUGAGUGAGUCCACAGACGUCAUCUACACCCAAGGGGAGUGGGAGCUGGUAGGCAUCAGCAUCGCUCCAUCUGUCCUGGACUUAGAUGUGGGAAGUUACUCUGAGAUCACAUAUUUUCUGACUUUGCGGCGCUCCCCGGCCCUGUACGUGGUCAACCUCCUGAUCCCCAGUGGUUUCCUCAUCACCGUGGACCUGUUCAGCUUCCUGCUUCCUCCCACCAGCGUGGACCGGUCGUCCUUUAAGAUGACGCUCAUCCUGGGUUACACUGUGUUCCUGCUCAUCAUGAACGACCUGCUGCCGUCCACUGGAAAUGCCACGCCGCUCAUCAGUGUUUUCUUCUCAAUCAGUCUGGCUCUGAUGGUGGCCAGUUUAUUAGAGACAGUGUUCAUCACUCACCUCCAGCUCAGCUCCACUUCCUACCGUGCAGUCCCUCAUUGGCUCAGCGUCCUUGUGCUACACUAUCUAGCUGUUAUUGUUUGUUUCCCUCCACUGAAAAAAAGCAACCGAAAAACUGUAUCCCUUCACCAAGCAUCAGCAGGAAUGAAGAACACCAUCCACAUCUCAGUUCCAGGCCUUCAGAACAUCUCCGGUGACACAUUAACAGUUCAACAGUGUCAGGACCCGGUUCUGGACGAGCUGAGGAAGAUGAACAAACACCUGGGUACCAUCCGCCUCCAGAUGGAGAAACAGCUCCAGAGCUCCAGGAGCUCCCAGGACUGGCAGACCAUGGGCGUCAUCAUCGACCGGCUGCUCUUCGGCCUCUACAUCCUCUUCAUUUCUGUCAGCUUCAUCACCAUCAUAUGCAUCUGGACCUUCAGUUCCUCACUGGCUACAUGAGAUGCUGGGAAGUCCGUCCAUAAAACCCCAUAAUCUACUGGUACUGGUGCAAAUAUCAGCAGAUGAUGAUCAAAAUAUUCAGACCUCCGUCAGGGCUGAUGUUGGACCCCACAUACAUCUGGGUUUAUUGUGGCUUUUUUUCUGCUUGUCUUUUGUACUUUUGUCCUUCCAACCUUUUCCCUUAACCUCCUAAGACCCACUGUCCACAUUUGUGGACAAGAG